AUGGCUCCAACACCAGAGGAAGUAGCAGCAGACAAGCUUAAACGCAUGGUUCACGAGAGAGGCUCGAAACGAGCGACGAUGACCAGACUCAUCAACAAGAUGGAGGACGUGGUGAAGGAACUUAACGCCGAAGCAGCAGUAGACACAACACUAGACGUCACGAAACUGGAUCAAGUAUUUGCGAAACUUGCACUGGUCCCUACAAAACUGGCAGAGAUUGUGGCUCUUGAUAAAGAUAUCAUCAAGGCCACCCCAACCGACACCGUAGACCACGCGGUGACGGAAGCCGAGGACUAUACGUCAAACGUGGAAGAGAAACACAUCAUUCUGAAGAAAAUCUACGACAGGUUAGCGAGCCCUAAGCAGCCCAAACCCGCGACUCUAGCCCGGACUCCAGCUCCCACAAACACGAGCACAACGCCAACGGUACCGGUAACAAAAAACGUUCAUCUUCCUAAACUCCAACUUUCCACCUUCUCCGGUAACAUCUUAGAGUGGACGACAUUUUUCGACGGAUUUACGGCAGCCAUCCAUAAUAACAACGCACUCGGAAACGUACAGAAAUUCCAAUAUUUACGCGCCCAGUUACAGGGGGAAGCGUCUUUGGCAAUCGCAGGAUUGCAACUAACCGACGCUAACUAUGCGAGUGCGAUUGAACUUUUGAGAGAACGAUAUGGACAGAACCACAAACUAAAAGCAGCCCUCAUGAAAGCCCUCUGGGACCUUCCCAAACCAAGCGAUGAAAUUGACAACGUGAAGAGCUUUUAUGAUCAACUUGAAAGUCACAUCCGUGGCCUACGCGCUAUAGGAAUGGAGGAGAGUUCCUACGGCGACCUACUAGUGCCCCUCAUCAUGGAGAAACUUCCACGCCGACUGAGACAACUCAUCACCCGUGACCAUGGAGCGAGAGACUGGCAACUACAAGAAGUCCGCGAAGCGAUCAAGAGAGAAAUUGACAUUUCAAUUCAAGGAGACGCCAUUCUGGAUCUGUGUAAUGAUUCAAACAUUGGAUAUGCCACACCCACUGCCGCAUUUAGUGUUAACGCCACCAGGAAUACUAGUAUGAGUGAGAAAAAACGCGCGAAAUGUGUAUUUUGUUCUACUGAUAAUCAUCCCAGCGUCCAUUGUAAAAGUGUUACUGAUCCAAAGCGCAGAUGGGAAAUCGUAAAAAGGGCCGAUUUGUGUUUUAACUGCCUUGGCAACCAUCGGGCAAAGUUUUGCAAUUCAACCACCAAAUGCCACAAAUGUAGGCGACGCCAUCAUACCGCACUGUGCGAUUCAUCCCGACAGGCCUCAAAUAGAUCCUCAAACCCUAGUUCAACCGCAAAUCCCUACAAUGAACGGGAACAAGCUAAAACCGCCACAACUGUUCACCAGAAGUUGGUUAACACCAAACCCCUUAUGUUGGGUCCCGCAAUUCUGAAAUCCGCCGUCGCAACCGCAAAAUCUCCGACCCGCUCAACUAAGGUCAACAUCAUUCUAGAUGAAGGGAGCCAGCGCUCCUUCAUCACCGCAAAAUGCGCCAGCAAUCUCGAACUCAAACCGCAAUCUCGAGAGAUGAUAAAAAUAGCACCCUUUGGGGCUAACGCCAAAGCCGUACGUGCGUUGGAUAACGUCAUCGUCCAAAUCGAAACCGCUUCUCGAGUAGAAAACGUUCCCAUGAAAAUGCUCAUCGUCCCGAAGAUUUCAGCACCGAUUAGCACCUGCCCCCAAGCAAUCUUCGCCUUACCACAUCUGAAGAACCUCAAGUUUGCGGAAACCAGCUCCGGGGACUUUAUGGAAAUUGACAUCCUGAUUGGUGCGGACUACUAUUGGUCAAUAGUUGGAGACAAAAUCGUCCGUCCCGCAGAAAACACCCUCGGACCAGUAGCGGUCUCAUCGAAAUUCGGAUAUCUCCUAUCAGGCCCGACUCCCGCCAAUAUCGAAGGUCAACGCGAUGAAUACACGCCCGCACUCCUGACGACCGUUCUAAACGUCCUAGCAAGCCACACCCUUGAAGACAAAAUAGCACAAUCUUACUGGGACUUGGAAACCAUAGGGAUUAAAGACGACACUGAAGAAAAAGAAAGUGACUUUCUACUCAAUUACCGCGACACCUGCCUUGAACGAGACGACAACGGAAAAUACGUAGCCAGACUACCAUGGUUGGACAACCACCCAAUUUUACCCACGAACUACCACGUCGCCAAAGCAAGGACAAGAUCGAUGGUACGGAAAUUAUCGCCUGACCUCCUGAGUAAGUACCAAGAUAUUAUUACCACUCAACUCCAACGACAUUUCAUCGGCAGAGUAGCAAACGACAACAUCAACAUUGGCCACUACUUGCCCCACCAUGCGGUUCUUAAAGAUUCAUCUGCCAGCACCCCAAUCCGGGUAGUAUAUGACGCGUCCUGCAAGAAGUCAAAUGAUCACCCAAGCCUGAAUGAUUGCCUGGACCCCGGUCCAAACUGCCUCAACGAGCUCAACGCCAUACUUCUCCGUUUUAGAAUGCACCCCAUAGGCCUUUCGAGUGAUAUUGAGAAAGCGUUUCUCAAUAUCAGGCUCAACGAAGAAGACAGAUGCUUUACGAAAUUUUUAUGGCUCAGUGAUCCCAGUGACCCCGAGAGUGAUUUCCACACGUACCAGUUUGAAGCGGUCUUAUUUGGAACAGUGUCAUCGCCGUUCAUUCUGCAAGCCGUACUGCACACCCACCUUGACGCCGCAACCUCAUCCCGUAUCGCAGCAGACGUCAAGAACAACAUAUACGUUGACAACGUGGUCAUUACCAGCAAUCCCCAACUUUAUUAUGCCGCUGCUAAAUGCAGGCGCUACGAUCGAGUUUGA